CUUUUCCCACUUCACCUGACUGGAUGUGACAUCAUCCUGGGAAAACAAUAGGCCAUGGUGGUGUGGGGGGCUUUGUGUGAGAGUUUUGGCUUUGUGUUGCUCCCAAGAGCUAUGGACUUCCCUGGAACACUAAUGAGGAAGCAAGAUCCGUUGGGGUGUUAAUGCUGUGAGCCCCUAUACUCAGGUUGUAUAUCUGUGUAGAUAUGUAUUGCGUCCGCAGUUAAUUCAAGGACUAAUUUCACCACUAUGACCGCUUUUGCUCUUCAUGAAAUUUAAAAUGAAAGUCCUCAAAAAGUCUAUGUUUUCGGUAACCUCUUGCAGAUACUGUACAAUUUGUACAAAGAAUGGCUGGAUCUAGACACAUCAAAAAAGCGUUUCAGAAAAAAAACUUGUUGUAAAUUUCAUAAUAGGAAAUCACGUUGGCGAAAAAUGGGACUCCACAGUGUCAUCUGGUGUCAUAAUAAUAAUAACAACAACAAUAAUAAUUUAUUAUUUCUACCCUGUCCAUCUGGCUGGGUUUCCCCAGCCUCUCUGGGCAGCUCCCAACAGAAUAUUAAAAACACAAUAAAACAUCAAACAUUAAAAACUUCCCUAAACAGGGCUGCCUUCAGAUGUCUUCUGAAAGUCAGAUAGUUGUUUAUUUCCUUGACAUCCGUUGGGAGGGCAUUCCACAGGGCAGGCACCACUACCAAGAAGGCCCUCGGCCUGGUUCCCUGUAACCUCACUCGCAGUGAGGGAACCACUAGAAGGCCCUCAGAGCUGGACCUCAUUGAACGAUGGGGGUGGAGAUGCUCCUUCAGGUAUAUAGAUAUAUCAGUGUUUAUAACGCUUGUAAAGUGCUUUUUCUUUACUAAUGUAGCUGAAUCCAAUGUCAGCCAGGGAGAAAGCUGAAUGCAUGCAAGUGACUACUUGCCAAAUGAUAUUGGCAACUACAUAGCCACUUAAUAAGAUGGUCAUUUUGUAAGUUCCUGGCAAGUACUUCCCCAGGGUUCUGAUUUACUGUGGAAGUGUGGUGGGAUUUUCCUCACCAUUUGGCUGGGUGAUACAGACCACAAGCCUACAAAAUGGUUUUGCUCCCUUGAUAAAUUACUGUCCAUCUAUGUCUUCAGCUAGCUGUUGGAGCUUCUUGAGGAUGAGCAAUGGAUGAUCGCUUAGAAUGUUACUUAGGCAUUCCUCGGUUGCUAUGACACCCAGGUAUAUGUGUACCAAUUUAAAGAGAAAUUGCCUUUCACAUUCUUCCUGCACAGACCAAAAACUUUCACAUUAAAAAUCCAAAGAGAAUUAAUUUCCUGAUGGGAUUUAACAUAUCUCAGGCUGGGAUGGAGACAACUCAGAACAAAGUAUGAGGGUUCUUGGGCUGCACAGUUCCUCUCAUUCUUAUCUCGUCUUCCUGGGAGAUUGGUUUCAACUACAUUCUCUGUGAAGAUACCUAAAGGGGAGAAACGUGAGAUAAGAGAGCCACAGGGCAUCUGCUCAGAUCCACAAAAAAGAGAUCCCUCUUUGCAGGAUGUUUAACUGGUAGGGUUGAGCCCGUGCCUAAUGACUGAAGGAAAGCAACAGAAGUAGGAAGAGAAAAGAGAAAGACAGAAAAUAUAAACAAGGGGUCUGAACCAUCCUCAUUCUCAUAGGAUGCAGUCAAACAUCAUCUUUAUCACAUCAUCAUAGCAAAACUGUGGUAAAUGUAAGUAAUCGUGCCUAUUUGAGGUGGACGUUGGAUAUCGAGAGUAUGGCUACAAAUCCUUAAUUGUUUGAUUGGUUAGAUUAAGUGAUUGUUAAAACCUCUUCAUCCACUAAUCCAAUAUGGCUACCAGGCACACUUCAAGGCCCUGCUUUUUAGCACUUAAAGACCUAAACAACUUGAGACCAAGGUACCUAAGGGAUUGCCUUGCCCACUAUAUCACUGCCAAGCAGCUGUGCUCUUCAGAUGGGGCACUACUGAGAGUAGCUUUUGAUCCUGAGCUUCAUUUAGCCUGUCCUAGAAACCAGACUUUUAGAAUUGCAGAUUCAGCUCUCAGUUACUAUCUGAAAUCAGACACCUUCCGAGCCUGAUGGUGUUUAGGCACCUGAUUAUGUUUAGGCACCUACUGAAAACAUUUUGGUUUAGGAAGGCUUUCCCGGAGGUGAAAUUCAAGGCAUUUGUGGAAUUUCCGUUUAUAUUUGAGGAAAUGGUUUUACUGCUUUCAGAGUUUGUAUAGAUGGCUUUAUUGUUUUAGAGUAUUCUUUAUUUUAUUUUGUUGUUCUUGGAGCUUGUAUUGCUGCAUUUCGUUCCGUUUUUACUGUGAACACCAGUUCCAAUGGCUUUAUGUCAUGGAGUGGUCUAUAGAGUUGGUUAAUGAAAUAAAUAAAUGAAUCUUUAAAAGAGCUCACCAGUAGUCAGGCAAGGUCUUUAAAAAUGUUAGUAUUAUUUUUUAAGUCGAUGUCAUUUUUUAAAAAAUGCACACACACACCCCUGUGUCAUUCUGCCAGUGCAGAACUUCCCUUUCCCCCAGCUGAAAGUGCCCCCAAAGGAAAGCCCUGAGCUGGCCUGGGAUCUAUUAGAUCCUGAACCAGCCCCAUUGCUGUCACAUGACUGACUGCAUUCAGGCCAAUUAGGGGCAGUUCUUACUUUAAAAAGCCACACAAUUCAUUUAAAUAGAGUGCAUUGGAACUACAGAUGGGUGCACCAUCACCCAAAAAAAAUUGAAAAUGCAUAAUCAAAAUAGCAUUUUUUAAAACAAUCUAGGGUUGCUACUUUCUGGCUUUCCUUUGAUUUCUUCCGAAUUAGUAGUGCAUGCCAUAUGUCUGGGUUUUCCCAGACAUUUUGCCAGUUCAGUGAAAAUCCACCCAGACCCCAUUUUGCUGAGUGAUUCCCAGAUGUAUGGCAGCCCUAAAAAAUCAUAAAUUUGCUAAUGUGUAUGUACAGAUACACAUUUAGAAAUAAAUACUAUCAUUUAUAUAGAAAUAGCAUGCUAUCCAAGUGUUAACCAGACUUGGACCAGACAGCCUUUCAAAUAGAAGACACCCCUCUUUAAAGUAGGACAAGUGGCCACAUGGACUUGGUGGAGCCCUUUGAAGGGGAAAGUUGUAAUAGAUGAAAGAAGAGUAGUUUCUGCAGUAACCACAAACCGUUUGGAGAAAGUGUCAGUUAGAAAGUACAGAAAAUUGAUAGGUGGCUGAUAACAACAGCAAAAAAACCGAAGGAACAGAUAGGGAGAUAUUUGACUCUGUGGACAAUAAAGGAAAUGAGACUAAACUAAAGAUAAAACCUAAUCUUUAAUGUACCUAAAAUGAAAAGAUCACCAUAGGGUCCAACUCCUUGACAUGCCUGGAGGCUGCCCCCCAGUGAGCAAAAGGCAAAACAGCAAAAGAAGAAUUGCUUGCUUUAGGGCUUUUGUCCUGAAAAAUUGCAUUCCUGAGGAAGGUACCAUUAAAAUCCAAAUCGAACGGGAGCUCAGGGGUUAUCAUGGGAAGCAGGAAAGACGCAAUGGAAUAGGAACCUGGGGGUUCACGAGGACCUUGCAGAAUUUGACCACCCACCUGCUCUUCGUUGAAGAGGAAGAAAAUGCAACAUUGAUUUUAAAAAACCUGUAAUUUAACAUUAGGCCUGCUCCCAAAAUAACCCAGAGCUGGGUUGGUGGAACCUAGGUUGACCCAGGGAAGGUUGGUCUGAGAAGUGGCCUUCAGAUCGGUGCCAAAGGGCAGAUCAGAGGGCUGUGCACACUGCUUGCUAGUGCUCCCUGUCUGCUUCCUCUCUUUCAUCUCAGUAUUUCCCUUAAAGGUAAAGGGACCCCUGACCAUUAGGUCCAGUCGUGACCGACUCUGGGGUUGCAGCGCUCAUCUCGCUUUAUUGGCCGAGGGAGCUGGCGUUUGUCCGCAGACAGCUUCCGGGUCAUUUGGCCAGCAUGAAUAAGCCGCUUCUGGUGAACCAGAGCAGCACACGGAAACGCCAUUUACCUUCCCGCUAGAGCGGUACCUAUUUAUCUACUUGCAUUUUGACGUGAUUUCGAAUUGCUAGGUUGGCAGGAGCAGGGACCAAGCAACGGGAGCUCACCCCAUCGAAGGGAUUCGAACCGCCGAGCUUCUGAUCGGCAAGUCCUAGGCUCUGUGGUUUAACCCACAGCGCCACCUGUUUCCCUUAGAACUCAGCAUUAUUUGGCUCUGCCUGUCAUUGGCUAUGACUCCCCCUACUGUUGGUCUCCCAGCCUUCCCUCCUUCCAGUCUCAACGGACACCAGCUACCACUGAAUAAAACCCUCUUUCUGGUUGCCAUCCAGGUGAUCGGCCUGAAUGGCUGCCCAGGCUUCCUUAGUGUACAGAGUGAGAAGUCUCUCAAAUGUCAGUAGGGCUUCUCCUGAAUAUCACAAACCCAUAUCUAGGCCAAUGGAAUUAAAAUAUACCCCUGAAUUCCACAAUAGGGUUUUUCCCCCUCCCUGUUCAAAUUAUGUACAGAAACAUUACAGUUGGAUGUAGCAUCUCAUGUUGAUCACAGAGGUUUCCGGGAGGGUCACUCCCCUAAUUAAUUUGAAUGCACUAACAGGAGUUGUACUUGCAUUAACUGCAAACAUAGGCAUAACAACAGAACCCUCAUAUCAUCCCAUGAAUGCCCCUGAGGAAGUCAGCUGAUCUCACCAAGCAGAGGAAUAAAUAUGACAGGCAUUGAUUGCUGCAGAGGAAAGGAAACAUGAAGUCCCUGUUGGCUUUGGGCUUGAUUGGCGCUGCUUUUGCUAUCACUUGUCCCCGGCGUUUUGACAGGUAUUUAUCAUUUAUUUAUUUAUAUCGUUCAAUUUAUAAACGGUUUGAUUGCAAAAAGAAAAAAAAAGUUUACAAAGACGUAAAAUAAAAUAAUGACAUCAUUAAAAAAAAAACUUUAAAACAACUAUUUGAAACUUUUAAGAAAUAAAAUCAAUCGGAAUCUAAAACCAGAUUAAAAGACAUGUCAACGUUCUACAUGUCUGGAUCGAAAGCAGAAGUUCUUUCAAUUAAUCCUGACAUGCUACUCAGUCCUUGACUUUUAUGUCCUGCAGCGCAAAGGUGUUCCGUGUGAAGCCUCAGAAUGAAAAGCAAGUGAGCUUCUUGAAAUCCUUGGCAAGCAAAAUACCGGUAAGAUAUUUUUACAGCUUGGAUUCCCUCCCCCCACAAUCCACCACCCUUUGUGUUUCGUGUUGGAUUGUUGAAUAUCCUGUAAGAAUCAGCAAGGCUGUUGUUGCUGUUAAGAAAAAUAAAAUCAACCUUCAAAUAAUGCAUCCUUUCAGUUCAAGGAUUUCCACUUGUGCAAUGGGAUUUUCUUCCCCCUCUGCUCUUCCUGCAUGUGCCCCAUGCGCUCCCCAAAUCUAUUCCAGUUGCUGAAGAAGCAAAGUCUGUGGCUUAGCUAUGCACUGUAUGGUACUUCCUGUUGUUGGUCGUAAAUCUCCUACCAUCCAGCUUCAUUAGAUGACUCCACAGAUUCUAGUGUUAUGAGAGAGGGAGAAGCUAUUCUCCCUAUACACUUCAUUUUACCACACCCCUCCUUGUUCACCUUUUUUGCAAGCCCCAAACCUUGUAGUCUUUCUUGAUAGGAGAAUUGCUCCAACCCCCUUGAUCGUUUUGGUUGCUCUUCUUUGCAACUUUUCCAGAUUUUGUUGUUGUGUCUCUGGGGUUGCACCAGGGAGAGAUCUGUCUGGCUGUGUCUGUGAAGAAGACAAGAGAGGCCACCAAACACUCACAAGACAUAGCAUGAAUUCCUCAAAAGGCCUGUGCAUUAGGAAUGGGGAAGCAAUUCAGUUCAGUUUGCAUUUUAACGUGAACAGAACAAUAUGCAGAUCCGAAACCUGGGUAUCCUUUGAAAUUUGCAGGUCUCCCAGUUUUGCAAUGCUGCUCAAAAACUGUGUACUAAAUAUACAGUGGUACCUCGGGUUACAUACGCUUCAGGUUACAUACGCUUCAGGUUACAGACUCCGCUAACCCAGAAAUAAUACCUCAGGUUAAGAACUUUGCUUCAGGAUGAGAACAGAAAUCGCAUGGCGGCAGCGGGACGCCCCAUUAGCUAAAGUGGUACCUCAGGUUAAGAACAGUUUCAGGUUAAGAACGGACCUCCAGAACAAAUUAAGUUCUUAACCCGAGGUAAAGGUAAAGGGUAAAGGGACCCCUGACCAUUAAGUCCAGUCGUGACCGACUUUGGGGUUGUGGUGCUCAUCUCACUUUAUUGGCCGAGGGAGCCAGCGUACAGCUUCCGGGUCAUGUGGCCAGCAUGACAAAGCCGCUUCUGGUAAACCAGAGCAGCGCAUGGAAACGGCGUUUACCUUCCCACUGGAGUGGUACCUAUUUAUCUACUUGCACUUUGACGUGCUUUCAAACUGCCAGGUUGGCAGGCGCAGGGACCGAGCAACGGGAGCUCACCCUGUCACGGGGAUUCGAACCGCCAACCUUCUGAUCGGCAAGUCCUAGGCUCUGUGGUUUAACCCACAGUACCACUGUAUUAAAGAAAGUGUGCAUAUAUAUGCAUCUAUUGGUAAAAAUAACAUGCAAAAAUGGAUUAUAUUAGGCAAGAAUUGUAUACAAAAAAACUGUAUAUUAGAAGAAAUGCAGGCCCAAAUGGUGGCGAUUUUUUUAAAAAAAAUGCAAAGUGAUGCAAAAAUGUGGCAAAAUUAAUUUAAGAUUGAAAAAUUAGAAAUCGAGAGAGCCCCAGACUGACAGAUUCAUCCCUACUAUACAAAGAGCUCUCUCCAUGUACACCCUCAUGAUCCUAGGAUCCUGAUCAAACUUUCAGGAAUCCUACAAAUGCUACAGCCCUCAGAUAUUUGAACAAAGCUUACACUUCUACAUGCAUAGGGAACUACCAUCAGCCAAGUAUGUGGAAAACAGUAGAGUAGUGGAACCUCACACCUUUUCCUGCUCAAAUAUCCACACAUGCACAUUUACUGCAGACACUGAAAACCUGUGACUAGGGAUCUGGUUCUCUUUUCUUCACGUACCUCUAGAAAGGGUAAAGAGGAAUGUUGUCAAUCUCCAAAAAAGGCAUUAAUUUACUGCAAAGGCCUUAACACCCAUUUUGAAGGCAUUAUCUUUUCAUACAAAAAUUUCUCAAAACAGAUUCAGAGCUCAGCAUAUCUUCAAGGAGCCCACAGGAGAGACAUGGCCCACACUUGCAAAGCCAUUCAACACAUAUAGUGGUAAAAUAGCUGUUUGUUGACUUUAGGCCAAUUUGCUGCACUCGUCUUACCUCUGGCCAAAGUGCUUUGCUAGACAAAUGUAAACAUGUCUUAAAAGCCUUGACAUUUUAAUAGGACUUUCUUCAAAAAUGUUGUAUGAUUUCAGUGUUUUUUGUUCCCUUGCAACUCAAGGCCUUUAAACAUGCUUUGCCAGUUGUGAGCCAAAUAAGAACAAAAAACACCCAAAACAUAAUCACCCUUGUCGAAUGAUGUGCGGUAAGAAUAUUGUGUGGUGAGUUCCCGCCUCCCCCCGAGGAAAUAAAGACACAGGACACAAGAAUUCAGGUUAAUGGGUCAAAUUAGGCCACAACUUUAUUGAUUACAGGAAUUGAGCGGUAUUGGCUUAGGCAUUGGUCCUAACUACUAACCAGCUAUAAGGCCGGAAGGGUUGAACACCAGUGGGAGGAGUCCUGCUGAGGCACGUCAACUAGGACCUCCCCCCGGCAUCACCGUGUGGGGGCGUGCCAUGGGCCCACACCUCCCUAGGCUUAGGACAAGGCCACGCCUCCCGGAAUCCUUUACCAGACUACCCUUGCUUGGGGGAAGGUGAUGGCAGUACCCCCACCAAUGCCUAACUGCCAAUACUGAAGAGUUGUGAUGGUUUGCUAUGAGGUAGGCGAAAACCAAAUGUCUGGUGCCAAUUUGCCAUUUGGGAAAAUUCCUACCAGGCCCCUUGACGGCGACCGACCGUAGUUCAUAGCAAUGCCUUUAAACAUGCUUUGCCAGUUGUGAGCCAAAUAAGAACAAAAAAACACCCAAAACAUAAUCACCCUUGUCGAAUGAUGUGAGGUAAGAAUAUUCUCCAGAGAAUAUUCUCUGCUAGAAAAUUCUCCUGAGAAUAUUUUCCACAAACUGUAAAUUCUAUGUCGUCUACACAGCUGCUUUAAAUGUACACACCUCAUUAAUUGAGAAUAUUCUCGAGAAUAUACUCCAAAAGAUUAUUCUCGAGAAUUUAAAAUCACUACCCUAGUCUAACCUCAUCACUAAGUGACAUUUCCCUCCAUCCCUUCCCUACCAAGGGAUUAUUUUGAGGCUCAGCCCUAGCACACAAGUUUUCAGUACUAGUUUUUCAUUCCAAGAAAACACAGGCUGGCAUAGAAAUCUAUUUUGAUGGGUCUUCCUUGUAAAUGCAAAACAAAUCUUUUAGCUGCAGCCUGUGCUUGUAAAUGCAAAACGACUCUUUUAGCUGCAGCCUGCGCUUUUUCCAGACGCUGUUCCUCUGUGGUUUUAAUUCUCUGAGAGAAGAUUGUCCUAUUCUGUAGGAUAGUCCUUUUGUUUGGGAACACAAUGGUGCUUCUCCUCUGCAGCCGAUAGAGAAACCAUUAAACUCCAGCUUCAGGUGGAACCACUGUCCAAACCCUUUGGUAAUGUGGCAAUGGAUGGACCCAGGAAGAGCAGGUAUUCCUGCAACAGUAACAGUAAUCCAAAUUAGAAAAUUUAAAGUUAUUCUAGAAUUUGGUUGCAAAUAAAAGAUUUCUGAUCUUUCAAACAAGCUUAAUAUGGCCAGUUUUUAAGAUGCUGGGGCAUUUUAUUUUGUAAAGCUAGAGAUUUCUUCAAAAACGACAUCCAUGUUGACUUCCGUCUUGACUCCUUGACAUUUCUUCCUGUGCAGAUCGACUUUUGGUAUCCAGACUCAGCAUCGCAUAUAGUCAACCAGAUGGAAGUGAAUUUCCUUGUCCGUGCUGAACAGUCCAAUACUACCAAGACUCUCCUGGAGCAGAACGGCCUACAUUAUGAGUGGGUGAUGCUUAAAUAUUUGUCACAUCUGGUUGCUAGCCAUUUGGAAAACUGUGUAGAUUCUAGCAGGCUCUUCUUAUGUUCUUAAGAGCCAAUGGAGUAUCUAUGGCACAAAUAAUCAAUAAUAGUUUUAUCCAUGCAAAGAUAAUGGUGGGAUUAUCUGUGUACAUAUCCACACUGCACACUUAAACUGGUUUAAUGUUCAUUCUCAGGGGAUCCUUGACACUCCAGGUACUGAUGAAUCUUCACCAAGUCACAAUUCCCAGGGGUUUUUUGUCAAUUAAAGUGACAUUUAAGUUAUAUAAGUAUGCAGUUGUCCUAUUAUGCCCUUGGAGUUCUCAUUUAUGAGUAGAAUUUGACCUACAGGUGAUGCAACACAUUUUUCUUCUUCUUCCUUAAUUAGUUAAUGAAUCAUAGCCCCAAGAAAGCAGAUGUUCUUAGUUUUGUUCUGCUGUUAGAAAAGCUUCACUGCUGCUUGUUAUCAGGUAAACCAGGCAUGUCCAACUUUCAAGAGACUGAGAUCAAAAUUGUGGAGCUGAGAUAUACCAUGUGUUCUCUGAAUCAUAUUGGACGAACCAUGUACUUUAACAGACUUGGUCCAGCUAAAGUCAGUUGUGACUAAAAUGACAUUGAAACCAAUGUAGAAAGUUUGUCACACAUCAUUCUCAAUGGAAUGGGAGUCACGGCCCACUUUUAGCCGAAAUGAGCCCCAUCAUUGUUAUAUUAAAAGGUGUACAAGUCGUGCGAUGUAUAAAACUUACAUAUUGAAUUGAUCCUGUGCAUGACAGUACAUGAUUUUGCUUGUGGUGUUUUGUAUCAUGCAGGAUUUUAUUUCAAAACCUUCAAGAAGAGAUUGACAAGCAACUGGAAAGGAAUUCUACCACCAGCUACAGUUACACGAAAUAUAAUGAAUGGCACAAGGUACAGGAUUCAUUUGAUGACCUUAAGGGGAAGUAUUCUCAGUAGUCAGAAGUAGCACUGGUUUCACUCAGAUAGGACUGGGGACACAGCUACAUUAGUAAAGAAAAAGAAAAAAGAAAAAAAAACCAGCACUUUGAUUGCAUUAUAAGCAUGCAACACCAGAUGGUGCUGGAGAGCAAAAACAAUUCUUUGCGAUUUUACAUAGCUUUUUUUUUGUUAUAAUGAUUUAAUUUCUUAUUUAUUUAUAGCGGGGGGGGGGGUUCUGUAUGUAGCUGCACCCCUGGUCUUAUUUUAUUUUGUGUUGUACUUGGGUAUUAGCAUCAUCAUCAUCCCAUGUAUAUCCUGCCAUUCAUCAAGUAAUCUCAAGGCAGGUUACAUAAAAACAGCACUAAAAACCAAACUGUAUAUCAAAUACAAAAUAUAAAACAACAACUAAACAUUUACAGUUGAUGAACAAGUAACUCAUAAAGGACCUGGGGUUCAGGCACCCCUGUGCUGGAAAAUAUGAGACCACUGCUACUGUCCAUCCAUAUUUUAGUCAUCUGGUGUCGCAAACUUCAGUUCCAGUUAAAAAGGAAUCAUCUGUGCAUCACUAGCAUUUAAUCUGCUGCUAGCUGAACAAUUUAUAUUUUAUUUUAUUCAGAUUUCUGCUUGGACCGCCAGAAUUGCAGCAAAGAAGCCAAAGUUGAUUUCCCGCCUUCAGAUUGGAAAAACUUUUGAAAAUCGGCCCAUGUACGUCCUUCAGGUAUGACGCUCAUUCCACAGCAAUAUUCAAAGAAUGGGAAAGAUACUCAAGAGCAGGGGUGGGGAAUCUUCAGCCCUCCAAACGUUUCUGGACCACAUCUCCUAUCCACCCCAGCCAGCAUGGUGAAUAGUCAAGACUGAUGGGACUUGUAGUCCAACAACAUCUGGAGGGACAAAGGUUCCGGAAUCUUCCUCCAGCAUAUCCUAUUACUUUAAUGAGAAAAACAAAAAUACUUGUAUCCAAAUCCUAUGCAAGGCUAUGACCCAUCGUAGGUUUUACAGGGCUCAGGUGGGCUUAUUUUUUGAGGAAGAGGAAGUGUUUGUAAGAUUGUAUCCCUGGAAGCUAUAAAGGUUUGCUACACAAUUGCAGCAUUGCUUAAAAGCGAAAAUCCAUUUCUGAAAGGUUCUCAGAAAGGAACUGACACAUCUGUGUAGUUUUACACACACACACACAGAGAGAGAGAGAGAGAGAGAGAGAGAGAGAGAGAGAUGUACCAGCAACUUACAAAUUGUUCCUAACCACAGAAAAUGUUUCAAAAGCAGGUUGGGAAACAAAAGGACAGCAAAAAGGCCAUCUUCAUGGACUGUGGAAUUCAUGCAAGAGAGUGGAUUUCACCUGCAUUUUGCCAGUGGUUUGUGAAAGAGGUUAGUUAACAACCAGUCCUAUUUACCUGCAAUGUCUUAGUGGCUGAACCUCAGAAAGUUUCCUUUACUAUGCAACACCUCCCAACAGCAAUAAUCAAUUCCAGCCUUACCAAUGUCACAGCAGGAGACACAAGGGGGGGGGGGGAAUCAAAGGCUCCUUUCUGCCAGCAAACAAAUUGUGAAUGGGCUCCAGUCUGGUUUAAGAAAACAUGGCGUAGGCCACUUCCAGACUGUCACUAUUUUGCAGGUGAGAUUCAAUCACAUAUCAGCAAAUUUAGGCUGUGCGAUUAAAGUGGACUUGGCAUGCUUGUGCAACAAGCCCCCAACCCCUGCAAAAUCAGACUUUUUAUAGUAAGCAUAGUGGUGGGAAGACUGCAUUGCAAAGUGCGGGACAACUAUUGCUAAAAGUUAUUGCUUUGCAAACCAAGUGGAAUGAAGACCCAAUAAAUAGCAAAUAUUGCAUAGUCUUUCCAGAUCUUUGUGCAAACAAAUCAGGAUGAAUGCUCAAUAAACAGGCGAUCUGGAAACGACCAUAGAUAGGAAGUUGACACUUUGCCUUUGGGAUUGUUCUAGAAAAGUGAUCUGUGAUGAUUAGGAUGAAGAUUAGCUUCUGCAGAGAAUCUAUUGUCAUGCAGUAUCGUGAGUUGCAGCGACAAUCCUAUGUGCACUUAUCUGGGAGUUAGGCCCACUGUGGAGAGUGAGACUUACUCCUGAGUAAGUUCACAUAGUACUGCAUUGUAAUUUGCUUUUAAUCCUUGAGUAAAAGUGACUUCUAAACUGCGGCGUAGCAUGGGUUGUCAGCACCCGGGGCAAGGCAAGUAAUUUGUGCCCCCUAACCCGGGGCAAGGCAAGUAAUUUGCGCCCCCUAACCCGGGGCAAGGCAAGUAAUUUGCGCCCCCUAACCCCUAACCUGCCGCCACUGCCAGCUUCUUCUUGCUGCUGCCUGGGCUGGUCUGGUGUGGUUCUCUCCCGCGCUCAGCGCUGCGCUGGGCGGCCGCUGCACUGUCCCUCCCCCAGAUAGUCCCUCACUCUCUCUCCGCACCGCACGCCUGGCACCCACCCCCUCCACAGUGGGCGGCGACCCAGCGGCUCAGAUCAGAUUCGCACAGCCAGCACUGCAGUGAGAGAGAGUGAGUGAGCCAGGUAGGGGCAGAGAGCUGCGAGUGCGAGCGCCCCCCCCCGAUGUUGCGGCCGGUGCGGCCGGCCCCCCCUGCACCCCCCACGCUACGCCACUGCUUCUAAACCCUCGAAUGUAUCACCAGGCCAUCAGGACUUACGGAAAGGACAAGGUUAUGACAAAUCUGCUGGACAACAUGAAUUUCUACAUCCUUCCCGUACUCAACAUAGAUGGCUAUAUCUGGAGUUGGACUUCGGUACUGUACACAUCUUCCUGCUUGCAAAAGCUACUUUUAGCAACUUAAAUCUUCAUCUGUGAUUUUAAAGGGCAAAAACUCUGGACUGAUGUGCAAUGAAAGUGGGAUAUGUGUGUGCUCUUGUGGGUUGGUACAGUGAAAACGGUUUGAGGAGGGCAAACAAGAUAUAAUGAAAUCCAUACCUGCUCCAGAGCAACUGCCCUAAUUCUGGCCUCAUGUGCCCUAGACAUUCAAAGCAAUAUCAUACCACCUUGAACUGUCAUGAUUUCCCCCCAAAGAAUCAAGGGAACUGUAGUUUGUUAAGGGGGCUGAGAGUUGUCAGGAGACCCUGAUUUCCCUCACUGAGUUGCAAUUCCAAUAGGGCUCUGGUAAGAAACAGUUUUGUUAUACCACCUGGGGAGGGUGUCCUAACAACUCCCAGCACCCAAACUAUAGUUCUCGUAAUUCUGUAUAGUGCAGAUGGAUCCCCUAAGGUAAGGUUACCAGAUGUCCCCAUUUCCUGGGGACAGUCCCCAGAUUUACAGAUCAGUCCCCAUACAAAGGGACGUGGGUGGCACUGUGGGUUAAACCACAGAGCCUAGGACUUGCCAAUCAGAAGGUCGGCGGUUCAAAUCCCCGCGACGGGGUGAGCUCCCAUUGCUUGGUCCCUGCUCCUGCCAACCUAGCAGUUCGAAAGCACGUCAAAGUGCAAAGUGCAAGUAGAUAAAUAGGUACCGCUCUGGCAGGAAGGCAAACGACAUUCCAUGCUAGCUGCAUUCUGGUUUGCCAGAAGCGGCUUAGUUGUGCUGGCCACAUGACCCGGAAGCUGUAUGCCGGCUCCCUCGGCCAAUAAAGCGAGAUGAGCGCCGCAACCCCAGAGUCGGUCAAAACUGGACCUAAUGGUCAGGGGUCCCUUUACCUUUACCCCAUACAAAAUCCAUUGCAGUUGAAAAGUGUCCCUGGAUUCAUUGAAAAAAAAUCUGGUAACCUUACCUAAGGGUACAAAAAUCUGUUGCUCCUUUUCAAGGUCAGUUUACUGCUCAUGAGCUCCAGGUGGCUACCAGUUAGCAGAUUUCGAGCAAAUCAGGAAACCAGACAGACAUUAAUGAAGAAGCAACCAUAACAUAGAAGUACUAAGGGUUAAACAAGGAACUGGCCUACCUCCGUCCUCCACUCUGCUUCAGAUAUUAUGAAUUCCAUACAGAGAUCAGCCAAACCUGUGUUUGUUUCUCUGCAUGUACCUCAAUUGACUCCAUUUACCAUGUACCAACCAGACUCUGAUAGGUUGCUCCUUCCUAGCAUAUGCAUCUCAUUUGCUUGAUCAUGUGUGAUCGUCGCAUGAAAUGAGGCACACCUCGCCUUCAUGCUGUGGCUUACCUACACUAAAAUGCCUUCUUUGUAGGAAAUUCAUAAUUAACUAUGGGGGCUUUGUGCUCAAAAUCAAUUUAAUCUGUUGAUCAUUUGUUAAGGGGUUGAGGGGGUCCAUAUAUGGGUCUGAAGUCCCUCAAUUGUUUUGUCGACUAGGAUCGCUGUUGGAGAAAGAAUCGCUCUAAUGUAACCAGCAAUAAAUGUAUUGGUGUUGACCUCAACAGAAACUUUGAUGCUGCAUGGGGCAGUAAGUAUUCUUUCUUUUUUAAAAUACACACACACUUGCAACUAAACCUUUGAAUUUUUUUGAAUAUAACUCUGAAGCCACACUAUGUGGACAUUACUUCCUCCCCUCUCAAUUUAAUAUUUUGGUUUCCAAGACAUCUUGGCAAUGGCAAAAAAAAAAAGGUAUUUUGUACAGCAAAUAUAAAUUAACAUGACAUCCUUCUUAGCUUUGUUAAAUUAGUUUUGUUAAAUCAAAUAAACAUGCUACAUCAAUUCUUCAUCCAUUUUGGACUGGAGGAAAAUUUUCAAUUCAUACACUUUCAGGAAAUCCUAUAUUGACCUUCUGUAGCUAAUUAAAAGUAAGUGUUCUCUUCACCAACAGCUGUGGAUGCUUCCAAAGAUCCUUGUACUGAAAAUUUUUGUGGACCGUCAGCGGAGUCGGAACCGGAAACGAAAGCAGUUGCAGCUUUCAUCCGCAGCCAUCUUUCUUCAAUCAAAGCCUAUCUGUCAAUUCAUUCCUACUCUCAGAUGAUAUUGUUCCCUUAUGGCUACACUUUGAACAAGGCACCCAACCACGACGAACUGGUAAUAUCUUCUCUAACCUGGCACUUUCCAGAAGUUUUGGACAGCCUUAGGAUGACUGAGUUGAUGGGAAUUAUAGUUCAAAAAUAUCUAAAAGGCACCAGGCUGGGGGGUGGGAGGGAUCCAUAUUAGAGCAAAAACUGCAUUAGGCCAACCAAAUAUGUCACAAAAUAAUGUUCAAGCUUCUGAGUUCUCUGCAACUAUUUAUUUAGAUUGUAACUGAAGCAAGUUGGGGGUGGGAUGAAGGAGGAAACGUUUGAAAAGCCCUAAACGGCCUUGGUCCAGUAUACCUGAAGGAGCAUCUCCACCUCCAUUGCGUUGCCUGGACACUGAGGUCCAGCGCCGAGGUCCUUCUGGCGGUUCCCUUGCUACAAGAAGCCAAGUUACAGGGAAACAGGCAGAGGGCCUUUCUCGGUAGUGGCACCCGCCCUGUAGAACGCCUUCCCAUCAGAUGUCAAAGAGAAAAAUAACUACCAAACUUUUAGAAAACAUCUGAAGGCAGCCCUGUUUAGGGAACCUUUUAAUGUUUAAUAGGCUAUUGUAUUUUAGUGUUUUGUUGGAAGCCGCCCAGAGUGGCUGGGGAAACCCAGCCAGAUGGGCGGGGUAUAAAUUAUUAUUAUUAUUAUUAUUAUUAUUAUAUGGUUCAGUUGGGUAUUCUGCAUCUUUUGGAUUGAACCCAAGGCUGUUGCGGGGAGAGAACACACAAUGGUUGACCCUCCAAGGUUCCAUCUUGAGACUAUGGCCAUGUUAAGAUUACCAUUAACUCUGGGUCUAGUGUGCUCCCACAGCUGGUCUUUGAAGCUAUGUGCACAUGACAUUAGACCCACAAUUCAUAUAUAUUCUGUAGUUUAUUGAGAAAUACUGCUGUUUGAUGUGUAUUCCAUCAAACCGGCUUCCAUUGGAUUUGAAGACAUAAACCACAUUCACUGCAGUUAUAUGGGUUCAUAUGGGACAAAUAAGAAAACAUCAGCCAUUUCUGCCCCCAUUUCCCUUUUUGUCAGAAUAUUCCACUACCACAAAUGGCUUGUUUUGUUUUGUUUUGUUUUAAACCAGAAUGAACUCGCAAAGAAAGCUUCCCAAGCUAUAGCCAGCCUGUAUGGUAAAAAAUACAAGUAUGGGACAUCAGCACUGACAAUCUGUAAGUAUUUGAAAUACUUCAUCUCUCUGUAAACAUAACACAUUCGGAAUCAUUGUGUUUAGGACUGCAAGGGCUUCCUUCACUACACAUGUGAAAGAAAAAUAGAAACUGUGACAUGCAGAUGUAGUGUUGGAAAAAGUGCCACCUACAGAAUUUCUUCCUGUCAUGUGCCAUAGGAGCCCCACCACCACACAAAGUUGUGUUCUCCUAACAACAUCAGUGUAGAAAAGGCUUCCACCUAUCAGUUCAGUUCUGGGCUCCUCUGUUCCUAAUAAGAGCCAGCCGGGGGAUGAUUCUGUUAUACUGAAAUUUUGCUCCUCUGAAAUAUACAGUACUCGGAGUCGAGUGUGAAUUUCAUGCUCUUUAUUCAGCUCAUAGUAGCAAUGAAUGAAGCUUUCCCCAAAACAUCUAGCUAUAUAUACAUUAUUUACACAAUGGGGCCCGCAUGAUUGGCUAAUUCCAGGCUGCUCCUGUAGGCCAAUUAGGCUGCGGAGUCACCUCCUCCAGAAGACUGAUUGGCUGCUCCUGCAGGCCAAUCAGGUCACUGAUUCACUUCCACCUGGAGCUGGAUUGGGUGGCUCCUGCGGACUAAUCAGACAGCUGCAUUCUGGAUCCUAUUGUUCUAGGAUUCAGCUCAGUACAUAACACCCUCACAAAUAAGUAAGUUGCCCUGAUCCCGGGCAGCCAAGGAGGGGGAGGCCUAUAGACCCUUUUAGACGUGUGGAGAAAGGAUACGUAUAAAUGGAGUAUUCUAAGCUCUAUCCCUGACUGACAUGUUAUGUUAUGAAGUAGAGGUGGAAUAGAAAAUCAAUUCCAUUUGCAUUUUAAUGUGAAACUACCGAAUUCACUAUCCUUCACAAUUUGCCCUUUUCCAGAUUUUGCAAGACAGUUCUUCAACCUAGUAAUGUUUACCCAAAAAAGAGGUGUCUAUUAAGGCAAAGUGUGCAUAAAAUUGCAAUACUUGUGAAAAUAGCAUACAAAAAUGUGCAAUAUAAAGGCUUUAUGUGUUACAGUCAUCAAGUGUUGAGCAUGCAUGUGUAAAUGGACCUUUGAUCAAGGCUUAAUUUGAUUCUGCACUCAUCAAAGGUCAUCCUCUAAACCUAUUUUGAAUGUCAUUGAGAAGUCCUAAGAAACGAGAUCAAAUAAUAAACAAGCAACAAUAACAUUUUCCUCUAUUUUUUUCUUGCUGUGUUCUCUGUAGCAGGCUAGCGACAAUUAACUUUGUUGUCCUGUUUUGCAGAUCCUUCCUCUGGUUGUUCCGAUGACUGGGCUUACAAUCAGGGUAUCAAAUAUUCCUUCACCUUUGAGCUUCGUGACAGGGGCAAAUAUGGGUUCUUCCUUCCUGAAUCUGAGAUCAAGCCAACUUGCCAAGAGAUUAUGCUGGCAGUCAAGUUGAUGGCCAGUCAUAUCCUCAGCCGGACAAUGUAAUGAGGACUACUGCUUUAUGGUGUAUUGCAGAGCUUUGGAAAGUAAUAAAUCAGCACGUUUACAGACGAA